AUGUACUGUCCAGAUCAACUUAACGCGGGGAGGCGUAACACCGAAGGCAUCGCAGGCAAGAAUUCAACCGUCGCGAGGGCUCAGCCACCUCUCAAACGAGUGCGAGAGUCUUGCUGGGAGGCGGCUGCGGACUCAGAUUUCCCCCCUCUCAAACGAGUUCGAAUUGGCGGAACGACUGCAUCGGUCGCUGGAACAAGGCAGUUUUUCCCCAUCCUUCCGGCGCCAGAAUGUCAACCUCUGGAUAUACCAAAGCCAGCCUGGACAGCACCUAGCCGUGGUCCAUCUUCAAUGAAACUGCACAUGAGGAUGCUUCUCUCGCAAAUUCGGCUGAUUGAUCUACCGACACUUCAUCAAUCUAACUUUUGGAAAGACUUGGAGGUCAGAAGCAAGGCGGCCAUACCGCGGGUUAAAGUCCAGGACCUGCUCCACGCGUCCUUUGCAGAAGGUACAAAGUUCAUCCCGGGAAAGGAGCUUCGUGGAUUUACCUUCUCUGUGGCAACCUCUGCAAGAGCCUGUAUGAAAUUUCAGGCUGGUUUGGAAUACGAUCCGGUCCUUCGCAGGUUGAUUUCCUGCUUGCCAGAGGUCACCAAAGAAGCGCUCAAUGGCCUCAAGAAACCAAGGCACGGUUCGGAUGUUCCUGUAGAACGCGACCAUGGGAGUUACCAGUGCGGAGAUGCCACAGAAUCCACAACAGGAACGCGACACAGCAACAUCCCAUUCGGAGCCGCCCCAGCCGUCCGGGACUCUGCAACCUCUGACAGGACUUUGGUUAACGGCGUUCACGGAAACUCUCCUUUGGGUAUAAUCGCAACGCCCAGGCAAACCCAUCAACCUGGGGCCCCUCGGGAAUCGAGGUUUUCGUCUGUCCCUGCCGAGACCCUUCUCGGAGGAAGGGACCCAUCACCGUCUGGGGCCCAAUCCGGUGAUGGAUUGUGGACGGACAAAGGGUAUGUGAGGAGGAGAAAUCCUGCGAAAGACGACGACGAGGAUGUCGGAUAUACCUUUGGGGCCAGUGAAUAUAUGAAUAGGGACCAUGAGGAAGAGGACCAGGAACCCGCAGGCGAUGCCUAUUCGACGGGCAUCUCGGAUAUGCGAAGAGGAAAUUCAGGAAUGUCCGUGCUGUCCAAUAACUCGGAGGGUCUUGACCCCGAUGAUCCCCGGGUUACUGGGAUGCACCCUAACCAUCGAGACGAACAGGACAUGGAAAAAAACGUGCUGAGACACAUGGACUAUCGCACUCGACGUAAAUACCUACAGAGGGUUAGGAUCGAAUUUAACGUCGCUUCUUUGCGACAUCGGCAACGUUUUCUGCUAAAGCUGGCUCGCGCUCUGAUGACAUUUGGUGCACCCUCACACCGUAUAGAAUCUCAGCUUAUAGCUGCAGCCCGGAUUCUCGAAGUUCAGGCCGAGUUUAUUCACUUGCCAGGCGUCAUCAUUUGCUCGUUUGGGGAACAGGAAACAGGGGGUUCUGAGACCCACUUCGUUAAAAGUAAUGGUCGAUUGGCGCUGGGACUUCUUCACAAAGUCCACUUGAUCUAUCGCUCUGUCGUCCACGACGAAAUUAGUGCGACACAGGCCAUUCAAAAGAUAGAUGCCCUUCUUAAGGAGCCUCCUUUGUAUCCAUGGUGGAUCCGUUGUAUCAUCUCAUUCUGGUUGUCUGUUCUCAUCUGUCCAUUGGCGUUCGGGGGUUCGUUCGUUGACAUGUGGUUCGCUGGAAUUUCUGCGUUCGUUCUGGCAUUUCUCCAGCUUCAGGUCGCCCAGAAAAGUACCCUCUACGCAAACGUAUUCGAGAUCAGCGUUUCUAUUGUCGUAUCAUUCGUGGCAAGGGCCCUCAGUAGCGUCAAGAGUCAGAUCUUCUGUUACACUGCGAUUUCGUCUUCUGGAAUCAUCGGCAUACUACCCGGAUACCUCAUUCAACAUAGUAUGUGGGAGUGUAAAGAUGGUCUAUGCCCUCAUCUACACUCUAUUCUUGGUAUGACAUUCGGUUCAUUCCCACCUGCUGGAAUAACGCCAAUACAACAGGGCUUUGGACUGCAAAUAGGGAGCGAUUUUUUCUUACUGCUUGAUAAACCGUAUCGACAACAGCUGGACCAAUUAGAAGCUGGGCUCAAUGCAACGAUCUCCUUCGCUGGUAUAUGGUCUGCAGACAACGGGACGAGUCACGACCAAGUGCCGCUGUCUGGGACGUGGACAUUCAGCAAGAACAUGAUAGAGAAGAAAUCGGACAUCAUCGUCGGAUGCUACCGCCCUGCUCGUUUUCCAUGGUAUCUUCAACCCUUUCCACUUUGGACCUCGUUCAUUAUCGUGCCGCUCUUCUCGAUCCUAUCGUCCUUGGGCAAUUUACAACCUCUACGAAGCAAGCAACUUCCAGUGAUGGUUGCUAUCUCCUGCUGCUCGUAUGCGGCGAACAAGAUCGCCAAUCAUUAUAUUUUCAAUCGGUCGGAUGUGGUUUCUGCCAUUGGAGCAUUCACGGUGGGGCUAUUGGGUAACAUGUAUUCCCGUAAAAUGGGUGGGACAGCGUUUACGUCGAUGGUCACCGGUGUGUUAUUCCUUGUCCCAUCAGGAUUAUCGUCCGCCGGUGGUAUCACCGCGCAUGGAGAUGGCAUUGAAAUCGGGGGUGCAAUGAUCGCCGUCACCAUUGGCAUCACUGUUGGGUUGUUCAUGAGCCAGGCAUUGGUUUAUACCUUUGGUUCACGCAAGAAUGCUGCUGUAUUCUCUUUCUGA